GCCAAACCUUGUUUCUUCCGAGCCAACCUUAAACCGAAUUUCAGUUCUCAUUUCUUGGGCGCCCACUAUUUUUGAUCCGGGCCUCGUCUUUGUCUUCCUCUCUCCUCACCGCUGCACCUCUGAUCCUCAAUCGUUGCUUGCUUCUUCUUUCUUUACAAAAGCAACACUAUCUCGAAAUGACCUCUGCAUCGCGCGGAAACUCGACGGCGGCUAUGCUCUCGUCGCCGCCGCACAUCAUCUUUAAGUUCCCGGUGGGAAUCGACAUGCCGGAUGGUCCGCCAGGUAGGUGUUUGCGGUGCUUUUGAGCGUGAAAUGGGGGGAUAUGGAAGGGCAAGACUGACGAUGAGUUUGUAAUUCUAGCCGGAUCUCUGUUUGCCGACUCGUUCUACUGGUCAAUGGACCUGCGCGUGCCGGUGACGAUAGCAACUGUCUACGCAACCUGCGUGCACAUUGCAAACAAGUCUCGCGGGCCCGGCACUCCUCCCGCGCGAUUCGCGCGCACGCAACUGUUCAAGUGGUUGGUUAUUGCGCAUAACUUGUUCCUCUGCCUGUACUCAGCCUGGACCUGUCUUGGCAUGUCGUCGUCGAUCGUCGGCACGCUUAUCGACAGCUUUCGCGCGCAGCAGCGGUCGUCGUCGGGAGUCUGGCGCGGGCUGUGCUCGGUCAACGAGGGCAUCUGGGCGCGCGGGCUGAGCUACUACGGGUUUUUGUUUUACCUGUCCAAGUUCUACGAGGUGCUCGACACGGUGAUUAUUCUCGCCAAGGGCAAGCGGUCGUCCGUGCUGCAGACCUACCACCACGCGGGCGCGAUGCUGUCGAUGUGGGCCGGCAUCCGCUUCGCGUCGCCGCCGAUCUGGAUCUUUGUCGUCUUCAACUCGCUGAUCCACACGCUCAUGUACCUUUACUACACGCUCACGGGGCUCAACAUCCGCGCGCCCAAGGCGGUCAAGCGCGCGCUCACGACCGCGCAGAUCUGCCAGUUUGUGUUUGGCGGCAGUCUUGCGUUCGCGCACCUGUUUGUGUACUACUUUGAUCCGAGCAUCAGCGGCUACACGAGCUGUCUGACCAACUCGGGCCAGACGUUUGCGCUGUUCUUCAUCCUGCUGUAUCUUGCGCCGUUGACGUAUUUGUUUGUCGGGUUUUGGAUCGAGAGUUAUGUGCUCGGGAAGCCGAAGGGGAAGGCGGUGGAGAAGGAGAAGGCGGUGAAGAGCGUUGAAUGAUCGUUGUUGUUGUUGUUGUUGUUGUU